CUUAGCAGAGCGCACGCGGCACUGCCUGCAGAGCCGUCAAGCGGGGUCGAGGGCCCUCGGUUACUACGAGCUGCGCGAUGACUUCUGGCAUGAAAAGAUCAUGCUGGCGCGUGUUCAGGACUUCCGCUUCGGGGUGCUCACCAAGAACAUGUCCCAAUCGCUCCUUCGGCUGCCGCUGGGAGCUCGGGGUGGCCUUCCUAUUCGGGGGCCGCAGGGGCAGAUCCCGCGGGCGGGCAGCGCUCGGCUCAGCGCCGGGCUGCCGUUGCUAUGCAACGAGGCGGCGCCGAUGGCAGCGGACAUUCGCGAGGAGGAUGGCUCGCCUGCACCAGCAGCGCACCCAGGGGCGUGCGCCGACGGCGAGGCGGAGGCACUUGCGGAGGCGCCGUCCCCUGCGGCGCUGCCGGCCGCCGCGUGGCCCGCUGGGCCAGCGGCUGGAGCCGCGGCUGCGGCGGGCGCCCUGGCGGCCGCGCCGGCCGCGUCGCCUGGGCCUCCGGCGGCAGGCCCUCUCCUUGCCCCAGCACCGCCGCGGCUCGCGGCGCCACCGGCGGACGCGGUCUGGCGUGCAGCAGGGGCGCGUGUGGGCUCCGCGGCUGGGACUCGUAUCUCGCCUGAGCCCCUUGGAGCUGGUGGCCAGCCGCAGGUCGUGCUUGGCGGUCGCGGGUUCAUGCUGCUGGGUUUGGGCAUCUCGCUCGCGGUCGCCGUGGCCAACAUCCUGGAGGCAGGGGCGGCCGCGCUGUCCGGCAGCGGUGGGGGUCUCCCCGCGCUGCCAGUGCUCUACUUGCCAUCGGGCGGCCGCACCAGGUUGCUCCAUGACGCUCUGGCCAAGAUGGCCAACACGCCCGUCGCGAACGGGCGCUGCCAGGGGCCGAGGACCGCGGCCGUGCUGCUCGAGAAGAUCUUGGAGGCGGAUUUCAUGCCGCGGCAGAGGCACUGCUGGUCGAGGUCAAUCCAGGGGCUCACAGCCUCGAACUCGGGCAUGGACGACCACCACUUCACGUUGGAGGUGCUGCAGGAGCUCACCACCGAGGACCGGCUCGACGCUGGCGAGCUGGUGGUGGUGGAGACCCGCUGCCGCCGCGACCAGCUCUGGGAGGAGCUGUAUGCGUCGAGCUUGCGCGAGGGCGAGGCUGGUCAGGACGCUGCAACCUGGCUCGAUGGGCGACCCAAUUUCCUCGAGCAGGGCAGGAGCCGCGUCUCGGCGCUUGUCUGCGCCGCCGGGGAGAGCUGGGUGGCGAAGAUGCUCCGAGAGGGAUGCGCCAUCCUCAAGGAGCGCAAGAAGGGGCGAGAGGAAAGGCUGCUGGAGCGCGGCGCCGAGCGCGGUGCGGCCUCUGGCGAACCAGCGGCGGGUGCCAAGGCCAAGGCAUACGGCCGCGGUUUGCAGGGGGGGCGAGGCGAGCUGAACGGCGAUGCCACCUCGCUGGGUUUUGGCGAUGACGGUCUCACGCAGAGAGACGCGCUGCCUAUCCCGCUCAACUCGGAGGCGCUCCAGUGCUUGAAGGGGUUCUCUGCCCUUGACGGCGAGCUCUCGCUGGGGCAGCGGCGCAGAGCCGCUCGCUGCAGGCGCCAGGAGCGCUGGAUGCUGGAAGGCGUCGCGGCGCUCAACGAGCUGGGUGGUGGUGGGCGGUCGGCGGGCGGCAGCGGCCGCCUCAGCUUGGCGCAGCGCUCCGCGCUGCAGCAUCUGAAGGGGGUCUACGCCGCGGCCCCGCCGAGGACUGAGGAUUGCACCAACCAGGAGGCGUUUCAGGCGCUUCUGGGGCUUCGACCUGGCUAUGCUGACGAGCCAGCGAUCGGGGCGAGAGCCGGCUACCAGCGCGGGAGGGUCUCUCUUCCUUCUGGCGGUGCUGGGCGUGUCGAUCUCGUUCGGCUGUUGCCCGCGCACCUGCAGUCUGCGCUGGAGUCCGGGCACGGGUUAUUGCGCUCAGAGCAGGAGGCUACUGCUGCUCUGGAGGAGGCGGACGUCACGUGUUACGUGGACGGUAAGCUGGCGCAGCGGGGCAUUGACUACGGGCGGUUCCUGCUCGAGCUCUACGAUGCAGGAAUCGUCGAAGUUUUGGACUACGAGCUGGAACGGAAGGAGGAGACGGGCGUCUUUUUCGUGCCACGCAAAGAUGACAAGCUGAGGCUCAUCUUCGACACUAGGAGGGCGAACUGCCACUUCAGGACGCCCGAGUACACGCACUUGGCCUCCGGCGACGCCCUCAGCAGCUUGGAGUGCACGCCCGGUGAGGAGGUGCACCUGGCUGCGGGCGAUGUGGAGGUCUGCUUCUACCAGUACGUGCUGCCGGCCUGGGCCAGGAACUACUUCUGCUUACCGAGCCUGGCGACCCGCAUGCUGCCGGCCCGCCUGCGUGAGGCGUUGGGGCCAGAGCUGUCUGCUCGGCCCAGGAUAGCCUUCCGCGUGCGGGUCGUCCCCAUGGGAUGGAACUGGGCCGUCCACUUUGUGCAGUCUGCCCACCUGAAUGUGCUGGCUUCGGUCUCUCCGAGCAACCAGUGGCUGGUGGACAAGCAGCCUGGGGCGUGCCUCUCUGACAGCUCAGCCGCAGCCAAGGUCUUGUACAUAGACAACUUUGCUGCCAUCAGCACCAGCCGCGAGACAGCAUUGCAGGUGGUCAACGACAUGCUCGACUCGUUCACCAGUGAGGGCGUCAAGGCAUCGCUUGACCUGGAUGUCGUCCUCCUCGGCUUCACGCUGGACUCGAAGGCCGCCAGGUGGCGCCCCGCACCCAAGAAGUUUUGGAGAGUGCAUGGUUGUAUCUCGCACCUGCUGGAGCCGGGAAGACGUAUCACGGGGCGCCAGCUGGAGAGGCUCGCGGGGCACGUGGUUGCGCUGCUGCUGCUGCUGCGCCGUGAGGCGCUCAGCCUCCUCAGUGCAGUCUACGUCUUCAUCCGCUCCACCUACGACAGGGCGCAGCCGCUGUGGCCCAGCUGCCGACGCGAGCUCAGGUGGGUGCUCGCACUGUUGCCCACGGUGUUCGCCGAUAUGAAGAGGCCCUGGCACGCUGAGGUGGGUGCCUUCGACGCGUCGCCGUGGGGCGCGGGAGUCUGCACUGCGCACUGGCCCUUGAGCGCAGUGCAGGCCGCUGGCAGGCAGCCGGAGAAGCUGCGCUUUCGCGGGCCCCUCGCCUCACUGGUGGCCCCGCGGGGCGCUGCCCUGGCUGCCGACAGCAUCGAGCUCUCGGACCCAGCCGCACUCUUACUUGGGCGUGCGGCAGGCUUCGCCGAGGUGAGCUCUGAGCUGCUGCGUGAAGCGACCUGGGUCACGGCCGUUGCAUGCAAGUGGAGGCGCCAAAGUACCAUCCACAGGACCAGUUCAGGCGUCACAGCGGCAGUGGCCAUGCAGGAGGUCCGCGCGCUCCAGGCUGCUCCGCCGGGCGGCCAGCCGAGCCUGCCAGAGGCCCGCUGGCUGCCCCGCCAGGGCUUGCUGGCAGCCAACGUGGUGCAGCCGUCCACUCAGGUGCUCUACCUGAAGGUGUUACUGCUGCUGGCAGGGUGGCUCAUGGUGGACGUGCUGCCCGACUGGCCCGUGGCGGCUUGGGACCUGCGGUGGGCCUUCGACCUGGAAGUGGCGCGGGCGACAACUGCAAAGCUUGGCGUCGCGGUGCUUGGAGGUCUCCCUCAGCUGCACUUGGCGCCCUUGCAGAGGCGCUUCCCGCAGCUCGCCCACUCGCUGCCGGGUUGGAAGCGCCUGCACAUGUCAUUAGUGGUGCCGGUUACAGUGUUGCAGCAGCCAGGCAAGACAGGCGAGAUGGACCACGCCGUUGUGCGUGUCUCCCCGCGGCAGCAGGCCCUGGCUUGGGCCUUGGGGCGCCUCCGCGACCCCCGCCUGGGCUUCUUGCACCCGCUGUGGGACUUCGUCUACAGCCUCUUCCUGCGGCGGUUUGGCCGAAUGCUCGAGGCUGUGCGAGCCAGCUGUUUAGCAGGCACGCUUUGCAGCCUCAGGCACGGCGGCGCCAACCUCGACCGCCUGACGGGCAGCCGCACGCUAAUGGAGAAGCUGCAGCUCGGAAACUGGCACGCCUUCAACAGCGUGCAGCGCUACGACAAGCACGCGUGA